CCUGAGCGACUGGUUUGCAACCGGUUGCUUUGGUUUUUCCGUAAAAAUAUCGAAGACCUCGAGUUAACCGAAAGAGCACGUUCAAGAAAGAGGUCAAAAGAUCACAAUUGCACGGGAAUGCGGGCACAUAAUCAGCUGUCCAGGCUGCGGUUAGCAGCUCGACAAUUCUCUAGUUGCGGUCCGCGACUGAGCGCGAAGAAAUCUGCUCCGGCUGCAAAGUCCCAGCAUCUGGGCUAUCCGCUAUACAACAUCAAGCACCUGUAUGCCAAUCCAGACGAGUACAUUGCCUCGUGCACCAAACGGAGGCUUCCAGCUGUUGCGGAGACGAUUCCGAUCAUUACAAGUCUUCACCAGGAGGCCAACGAAUGUCGCUAUAGACGGUCAGAGGUGUAUCAUGAGCGCAAAGUGCUUCAGCAGCAGAUCAAGCAGCCUUCGGUUGAGAACCGGCAACAGAUUCUGGCCCGCUUGUCAGAGCUCAAACAGAUUGGAGGAGAGGUCGAUGACAAGAUUGCCGAACUAGAGGAAAAGAUAAGAAAUUACAUGGACUACGUUCCAAAUCUGCUUCCUGACGAUGCUCCUGUUGAUGAGGAAGAAGUUGUCAAAUACCUGAACCCAAGUGAUCCGUCGUUAGUACCGGAAGCGAUUAUCAGCGACGACGAGUUCCGAAGGCCUAUAGAUUACGAAGAAAAGAGGCCGGAUCAUGUGGAUAUCGGCGUCGAGUUGGGUAUCAUUGACCUUACAACAGCCUCAAAGGUCUCGGGUCACGCGUUUUACUACUUGGUCGGCGACGGCGCUCUACUAGAGCAAGCUCUUAUACAGUAUGCAUUGUCAAAGGCGGCGCAGGCUGGGUUCAAGCUUAUGGCUCCGCCAUCGGUCGUGCGACGCGAAUAUGCAUUGGCAUGUGGUUUCCGGCCUCGUGCUGCCGAUGGCGAGCGGCAGAUUUACAACCUGACGGUCGCGGGUGGAACCGCUGCUGAGGAGGAGAACGCCGCGGGUAGAUUAUGCUUAACAGGCACGGCAGAGAUCCCGCUUGCGGCUUGGGCGAGUGAUCGGGCUUUCAAGCCAGACGAGCUCCCGCUUAAGGUUGCCGGUGUGAGCAGGAGUUAUCGUGCUGAGGCAGGUGCUCACGGACGAGAUACGCGAGGUAUCUACCGAGUACACGAGUUCACAAAGGUGGAGCUGUUUGCGUGGGUGUCUGGAGUCAAUGAGUCGCUCGAGCCCUGCGAGAAAGAGUCGCCGGCAUCCACCGCCAUGCUGGAGGAACUCCGAAAGCUGCAGGAAGAAAUCCUAUCUGAUCUCGGCCUGCACUGCAGAGUGCUCAACAUGCCAACCACAGACCUAGGCGCAUCCGCCUACAAGAAAUAUGACAUUGAGGCAUGGAUGCCGGGUCGGCAAGGCUGGGGCGAAGUCACCUCCGCUUCCAACUGCACCGACUACCAAGCUCGGAGACUGCAUACGCGACUUCGUACUGAAGCAAGCCUUGCACCGGUUCACACACUCAAUGGUACCGCAAUGGCAGUUCCGCGGGUGAUUGCCGCUAUUUUGGAGACGUUUUAUGAUCCUGGUCGGAAGGCGGUGUGGAUUCCGGUCCCGUUGAGAAGAUUUAUGGGGAAAUCGUGGAUUACGCAGAACUAGAGCCUGAGACGUUGUAAAAUAUCUAACCCAGCAUCACUACUUUGCAUUUUUUCUACAUAUUCUUCACUAUGUGAACUGAUACUUGUAAUCAAACACAUGCAUCCAAAAGAUAGGUAAAAUGUCAAUGGGAG